AAGAAUCGUGCCAAAGCCUGCCCACAAUGCGUAGCGACGCGGAAGUCGCUGUUAUUUCAACUGGGAGUAUCAAUGGUGUUCGUGUGCAGUGGGAGUUACAGAAAAAAGACGAACCCUUGGCUGUGUUUAUCACUGGAAAGGGGAGCACAGAUGCCAUCAAAUUGUGUUCUCGAAGAGGCAGCUAUUCGUUGCAACGUGAAUGUCAAUAAGAUGGGACGUAUGCGAAAGAUGCCCUGCGACUACGUCAGGGAAUAUCCGGAUUUCGAGAUGUUCGCGUCGCCUUGGGGUCCCGAUACAGAUGUCGUCGUUUGCAAGAUCUGCCGUACAACAGUAAACGUAACAAGCGGAAAAGGUGCGCUGAGAAUUGCUGAACAUCUCAACUCGCAACGCCACAUCCGACUCAAGGAGCCACUGGUUGAUGGAGAGAACGAGAUCCAGACUAGAUGGAAGAACCUCCGUGACACUUACGCUCGAAAACUGAAGGUAGAACGCAAGAGGAAGGAAGAAGGCGGCGCAGCAUCCCUGGAGCCGUAUGCAGAGCGUUGGAUUCACUUCAAGCAGCUAUCGUUCCUCAGCAAUAUCCACCAGCCCCCCUCUGCCUACAUAGAGAACCAGCAUCCAGACCCUGAUGCCUCUUCUUCAUCGCUCAUGCUCAGCGGCGUUUGUUCGCUCGCGGAACCAUCUACCUCGGAAACGUCAGCUGUACCGCCCAUCGAGAUCAAGGAAGAAAUUGUGGACGAAGUAAUGGAAGAUGACUGCACUCAACACAUCCCUUCUUCUCAUUCUCCAGCAUUCGUUGAGUUCCAAGUAAGCCCUACAACUCACGUAACACAGGCCAUCGUGAGUGACCCUACAAUGUUUCAUGGAACCCCUGCUCCAAAUAUUACUGUCACCGAGAAUCCGAUGAUUCAUCCCAUAAGCCCACCCCCACAAGAAUCCCCCCUUCCUAGUCUUGAUGUAAUCCAACACACUGUCCAACAGUCCGAACAACUAUCCACGGAUCCUAGUGCUGCUGACACUCCGGCAGAGUCGGCUCCGUCGGAAGUCUUCAAGGGAAAGAAGCGCAUGAUGCUUUCGUGGAAUCAUUCCCUCUCCGAACGUAAAUCGAAGAUGGAGCUGGACAUUCUGCAAGCCGAGAGGAAAAAAGUGGAAGCGGAUCACAGGAGGUCAGAGGCUGAUGAGCGUAAGCUCGUAACCGAGACGUUGCUGAUGACGGAGAAGAUGCAGAAGGUUGAGGAGGAGAAAAAGAAGUUGAGGUUGGAGUCUGAAUUCCUGACGCAAGAGAAGAAGAGGUCGGAAGAAAAGCUGAGGAAGAUGGAAGCUGUGAGGGACUUUUACGUGGAGGAGAGGCGGAAGUCUGCGGCAGCAGCCGACUACUACGUGGAAGAGAAGAAGAAAGCGGCUGCUAAAGCAAGUUGGUUCGUGGAGCAGCGGAAGACGGAGGUUCUACGGCAGAGGCUUCUUCUUCUGGAAAUCAGGAAAUUGAAGCGGGACCUGAAAGAAGCCAAGUGAUGAGACUGCAUUUCUCCCAGGAGAAUGUGCUGUAUUUGUCUGUGAUAUUGUCGUCGUUGUUUAUAUAUUUGAGACUAUUUGUUUGCAGCAUUGUCUUGAGUGGCACGGCUAAGCAUGUACAGAUGCCUUAUGAUGAUGAUGAUGAUGAUAUGUUCAAGAGCCAUUAUGUGUAUAUAUCGGAAAUAAAAGUGGCAGAAAUUUCA